AUGGUAGUAGCAGAAGGCGGUGAUAAUGAAGACGGAACUGAUAACGUAAAACAAACCGUUAUCACAUUACCAACGGUAAAAACAAAUGGAGGAGGAGCUGUUAAAAAAACAAAUUUGGUUCCGACGACGGUGCUUAAAAAAGCACUAAAAGAACUUCCAUCGCAAUUGAUUCGGUUUCAAGUGACCUUAGACAAUCCAAAUAGAAUUUUUUUCGCCGGUGAAGAACUUAAAGGAAAUGUCGAAAUUCAUCUUUCGGAUAAUCUUCCAAUACAAGGUAUUAUUAUUAUUAUUAUUAUUAUUAUUAUUUAA